UGCUCUGCAGAUGACAUCACGGCUUUAAAUAUUCCCGUUGCUUUUUCCCUCCCGUCCUCAUCACAACUCAGCAGCAAAUAAGAGCCUCACGGUUCAACAAUGGUUUUGUAGCUUGUACGAAAACGAGCAAAACGUCCGUGGAUUGAACCAGCUGCCGCCUUGUCCUCUUAUUACAUAAACUACACUUUCUGUUGCCAGCACCGCUCCUGGAAAAAAAAAAAAAACCUUAUCGGGCUUCAGUGCGGAAAAGGGGGUGGUGGAGAAGAGUAUCGAGCUAAGUCGGGCGUGGUAGCAAAAAAUACUCAUUUCUGCGAGCAAAACUUUAAAAAGUAGUAUCCACAAUGUCUCUGUCGGUACCGCAGAACGGAGUAAAGCCGGACAGCGAACCCGUUAUCGAGCUAUUUGUGAAGGCGGGGAGUGAUGGCGAGAGCAUCGGGAACUGCCCCUUCUCUCAGAGGCUCUUCAUGAUCCUGUGGCUGAAGGGAGUGGUCUUCAACGUCACCACAGUGGACCUCAAGAGGAAGCCAGCGGACCUCCAGAACCUGGCGCCCGGAACACACCCGCCCUUCAUCACCUUCAACGGCGAGGUCAAGACCGACGUCAACAAGAUCGAGGAGUUCCUUGAGGACGUCCUCUGCCCACCCAAGUUUGCUAAGCUCGGCGCCAGGCACCCUGAGUCCAACACAGCUGGUAUGGACAUCUUUGCCAAGUUCUCAGCCUUCAUUAAGAACUCAAAACCAGACGCCAAUGAAGCUCUGGAGCGCGGGCUGCUGAAGACGUUGCAGAAGCUGGAUGAAUACCUGCGCUCGCCGCUGCCCGAUGAGAUCGACCACAACAGCAUCGAGGACGUCAAGGUCUCCAGCCGCAAGUUCCUGGACGGAGACGAGAUGACCCUGGCCGACUGCAACCUGCUGCCCAAGCUGCACAUAGUGAAGGUGGUGGCCAAGAAGUACAGAGGCUUCGACAUUCCCAAAGAGAUGACGGCCAUCUGGAAGUAUCUGAACAACGCCUACAUGCGCGAGGAGUUCACCAACACGUGCCCCAGCGACAAGGAGAUCGAGAUCGCUUACGCGGACGUAGCCAAGAGGCUGGUCAAAUAAGCUGCUCCGUCCCCGACGCGACUCCCUCCGUAACACAGCCAGCCCCACUCUGAACCCAACUCCCCCACCCCACCUCCACCUCCACCCCCCCCCCCCCCCAGCCCCGGGACUUGAUCCGCUCAUUCACGAGAAAGAAGAAAAAAAACAAACUCUGGACUCCUUUCCUUCUCUCCUCAUCUAGAGCAGCAGCACCACGAUGCAUGAACCCUUCGUAUUCGUUUUUCAUCGAGUUUUAUGAAGAUCUCUUUCGUUGAUUCGGCAAAGAUCGCCGUCGCUCCAUCUUUUCCAUCGUUAAUUGCCUUUUUUUUUUUUUUUUUUUUUUUCCCUCCCUCCCGUUUGCUGAUGAAUGUUUUGAGGCGUUGUGAGACGGCGAGCCAACGGUGAAGCAGCCACAUACUAAAACCCCCGCGUGUCUGUCAGUGCUUAUCGGUGUCGGGAGUCUCGCUGACGCACUCCCUGAUAAGUGACCUUCGAGCUGACCUUCUCUCUCCAUGCGGGUGAAAGGUCACGAGCUAUUGUUUGGUUUCUGUUGUGUGUUUCAUGUUGAAUCACUCUUUCUAGCCUUUCUCUAAAAAUGAACACUGAGAAUCGUUUUUCUUUCUCUCUUUCUUUCUCUCGUUUUCUCUCUUUGGCUGAAGAAGCUGUGUCAAACAGUGUUGAAAGUCUCAGUGUUUUUUUUGGCUAGAGUAUUUGAAUGGUUUGUUAAGUAGACGCUAGUUCAAACCAGAAAAGCUGACAUAUCAAGUUGAGAGAUGCUUUAUUUUAUUGUUGAUUUGCUCAAAUAAAUCAGAAUAACUGUAACAGCUGGUAGGGCUACCUGGUAUCUAUGCUCUGAUUUUUUUUUUUUUUUUUUUUUUUUCAUUGCCUCACACAAGGCAGAAAGUGUUCUAGUUCAGCUCAGUGCGACUGUAGGAAAACACCCGUACCAGCAGCAACAGCAACAUGCUUUCAACUCAGGAAAAAUGCAACCUGAGAUCUAAAAAAAAAAUACUUUAUGUAGCUUACAAGAUGAUUUGAGGAUGUAUGGCAAUGUCAGCAGGCCUUUUAUUCAUCACCACGUUGCCAUAUAAAUGUCCACUAAGACACUGACACACUGAGCAGUCAGCCUCCAUUUACCAGAAAAGCAAGCCGACUCUUUCUUCUCUUCUGAAGCGUGAAAGGGAAGUCUUCACUUGCGUCGCUCUGGCAGUAGCGGUAGCUUGGAUUACACAUCACUGACCAAAAAAGGGCACAUUAUUCUGGUCUCACUGUGGAUAGGAUGACUCCUGCUAUGUAAAUUGGUCAAGUAAAAAAAAAAAAAAAAAAGAGACUCACACACACUCGCUGUCUUUCUCCACAGUGCAUGGAAGGAAGAACAGUAAUGUGCGGUCAGGCACCGGGAAAGGUGACACUAAAGAUAUUUAUGGGAAAAUGAAUAGAGGAAAGUAGUGAUGAAAUGAAUAUCCAUUAGAACUUCAUCUUUUCUUCAGUGUGUAGGUGGAUCACUAAGGUAGUGAAUGUAUGUCAUUAUACAGUAGCUCCAAAAGUGCUUUAGUGCGGAUAAAGCAAAACACGUUUUUGUUUUUUCCCCCCCGUUUGCCAUGUUUUUUCCAAACAUUUGUUAUGAAACAAAUUUGA